AUGAGUAGAUUAAUCUUUGCCUUAUCUAAAGGCUUUCGUUUUCUCAGUAAUAUGAUGGCAUGCUGCAUUCCUAAGAAAGUAAGUGUGUAACAACUGAUUUAAAUAAAAUUUAUUUUGUUUUGUUGUUUGUAUUAAUCCAGUAAAAAAUAUGAGUAUAAUUAAAUUAUGAUACAUUAUUUUCAGGUUAAGCACUCAAGCUAUUCCGCUAAUGGAUCGGCGGAUCGUUCUAGUAAUCGUCCUAGUAAUUCAAAACAUAUUAUAUUUAGAUUUUUAUAUUAUUUUUGGAAUUUCAAAUAUUAUAAAAUAAAAAUUAUUCUCAAUUAUAUACAAUAUAUAUACAUAUAUAUAUAUUACUUUCAUCUAAAAAGCAUAAUUCACUCCAACCUCUAAUGUUAAAUUCUCAUUAAACAAAAAUGCAUCUUGAAUACAUUUCAAUUUCAUUAAAAUCGUUGUCUCGAAAAUUACAUAUUGAAUUAAACAGUACAUUUUUUUUUGCUGAUCAAAUUUUCACUUCAAAGAAUUAAAAAACAUUAUUUUAAACAAAAACUAGGAAUUUAAAUAUGUAUUUAUAAUUUGUAUGGUAUUACUAUUUUAAGAAAGUCCAAAUCAAAUUUAGAAACAAAUUUAGAAGAACGUUUAGUUGUAGAAUUCCGGAUUAUAAUUGAAGAUAGGAAAGAUAACGAUUUAAAAAGUUCUAAGGUGGAUGAUAAAAUAUCGAAUAUAUCCAUUGAAGAUUUUAGACUUCUAAGUGUAUUAGGGAGAGACAGUUAUGGGAAAGUAAUAAUAAUUAUUAGAAAUAUUUAGAGUAUAAGUAAGUAAUUUGUAUUUCAUUUGCUUUCCAUUUAUAUUGUAGGUAACAUUGUGUCAAUACACAAAAUCGGAUAAGUAUUUUUCCAAAAAACGCUUAAUAAAUGCCAUAUAAUUGCUGAAAAUCUAGUGGAGUCAUUACACUCUGAAAAAAAUAUAUUCGAAAUUGUUAAUAAUAUCAUCCACACUUAGUGAACUUAUUCCCCUGUUUCCAGACAGAAGUAAGUAUACUAAAAUUUAGUUAUUUACUUGCAUUUUUAAAUUGUUUGGUUCAUUGUUUUCAUGUUUGUUUUGUUAUGGAGUAUGCGGCUGGAGGUGAUUUGUAUACACACAUAAAUAACGGGGCGUUUGAAGAACCAAGAGCAAUUUUCUAUGUCGCUUACUUUAUUUUAGACCAACAAUAUUUACACGACAAUAGUAUCAUUUUUUGGUUUUUUACAAUGUUAACAUCAUUUUUAUAGUUUGUGACGUUUUUAAUAAGAUGGUGCGUUUAUUAUUUAUUAGUGACUUAAAAUUAGAUAACUUACUGUUGGAUACUGAUGGCUACGUUAAAAUAGCAGAUUUCGGAACAUUAAAAAAAGGCCUAGGUUUUGACGAUCGGAACGAAACGUUUUGUGGAACAGCCAAAUAUAUAGCUCCUGAAAUUAUUACCGAAACGUCGUACACGCGUAGUGUAGAUUGGUGGUCUUUUGGUAUACUGAUAUAUGAAAUGCUUGUCAGAGAGGUAAAUAUAUUUUGGAUAUUAAUGUGUAAAAUAACACUGCAAUUAAUAUACAUUUUUAUCACACAUACUGCCCCUUCGCAGACGCCGAUGAUCUGAAAGACUUGCUUCACUCCGUAGUUAACGAUCAUACAAAUACCAUAUCCCAGUUUACUAUCUUCCAAAGUGAUUUUAAUCAUGAGCAAAGUAUGUUUUUUUAAAUUUAUAUUAGUGGAAACUAUAUACUAACUAGGAAAUAUUUAUUGUUUUUGUAGGUAUAGUUUUUAUGCAAAAAUCCAAAAAAAAGUUUAGGUUCAAACGAAAGAGACGGAAAAGACGUAAAACUACAAGAAUUUGUUAAAGAAGUUGUUUGUGAGGAUUUAUUAAGGAGAAAGGUUAAACCUCCAUUUGUUCCGACUGUUUUAAGUAUCUUAAAUACACCUGUUUUGAAACCUAAUGUCAAUUAUACAUAA